AUGCCACCCAAGAACCCACCUCCUCCGCCACCACCGCCGCCACAAGAUGAAUCACCUGCAACGCAUUCUCAAGACGUUUCCAAUAGACGCAGAAAUCGUCGUCCUAGGGUAGCAGUCCAACAGAAUGUCAGUCCCUUGCGAUCUCCACCACCACACAGAACAUCCUCUCCUUCUCCACCCAUCAGAGAUGACACGAACCAAAAUAAUAAUAAUAAUAACAGCAACAACAAUGCCAGACAAAAAAAGCAAAACCAACGCGACAAGAAGCGUGCCAUCGAAUGGGCCAAGCAAUUGGAUGCUGCCAUUCCCAUCCUUUUGGAUAAACUCUUUUCGCAUCUGAGUCAUUUGCCAGAAGAAGAAUUGCAAGAGCGCGGUGGUGUCACCUUGCCCGCCUCGGCGCUGGGAUGGUUGACCUCGCAAUAUUUUGGUCCGGAAGAAGCGUCGUCGAUUUGGGCAUCCACUAGAGACAAGCUGCGAUUGUUACGGUUUUUAUUGCCCCGGAUUACUCAUUUGCGGAUUACACGUCAGUCCUGGCCACCUCCUCUACCAGAUGAUGAUUCCUUCCGACAGCAGGACGCAGAUGAAAGGAACCCUCGUCACACACCGCCGCCAUUGGAAUUCUUGCAUACCUCUACUAGCAGUGUGUGUUCGGCGCUCACCACAGACACGAGAUUUCCCACCAGGAAAGCCUUUCUGGAUUUCAUGGAAAUGCUCCAACAACGGCCCAUGAUGGAUUUAGGACUGCUGUUUCCCCGUUUGAAAGUUUUGGUGCUGGACAGUGUUCCGCCAUAUUGGAUUCAUAAGUUUGGAUCCACUGCCGCAAAUCAAUUGCAAGUUUUGCGAGUUGACAAGGCAUGCCUCUACAAACUGCCAGAGAUUUUUGGGUUGCCCGAAUAUCCUAAUCUAACCUAUUUGCGAUUCAGUACUUGUUGUGUGGGUGAAAUGUCCCAACUACCAAGACUGCUAAAAAGAUUACCAAAUCUCCAGUUUCUAAGUUUGGCAGGCAAUCAGAUACGCACGGAAAGAACGGCAUUGAAAGGACUGCGUAACUUGGCACAUUUGAGAAAGUUGGAUCUGUCAGGCAACCAACUUGCAAAUUUGCCGAAUGCCAACUUCUGCUUGGGAAACAUUACUUCCUUGAAUUUAGCAGGGAAUAAUUUAGUGGAUUUUCAAGGCAUCGAUAAGCUAUACGGAUUGGAAGUAUUGGAUUUGAGUGACAAUCAGAUGGCGGAUAUCUCUUGUCUGGCUGGAUUGGGAAAACUACCAAACCUCGAACAGCUUUCGGUUCAAGGCAACCCGUUUUUACUGAAGACUCCUCCCGGUUACAACAGCUUGAAACCAUCCCAAAACGCGAGGAUGCAAAUGUCCUCAUCAGCUACUCUUGUGUUCGAAAAAGAGUAUCGUUUGCUCAUUCUAUCGUGGUUUGCUACCAACCGUUCAUCCGUUCAUGACUUGCCGAUCCUGCAUGGGCAGCCAGUCACAGAGAGAGAAAGGUCAGCCAUUCGAGCCAUUUCCGUCCACCAGAAGUACAUUCUCAGUAAAGUUACCACCACCACUGCCAAAAAGAUCCAAAAGGUAAAGCGAAAGUAUGAAAGAAAGGGCAAGGCCAAGAUCCAGUCCGCAAAUAGCUUGACGAUGAGGAAAAGUGGGCGUCUGAAAAGCGAGUCUUCGCGAACGAUGUUGCAACCAAUUGAUGUUUCCUUCACUUUGUACGAUGUUCUCGACAACAUGCAUCAAGAGAAUCUCAAAGCCUAUCCAGAAGACUACCAAUCAUCCGAAAUCGAGGAUGAAAAGCAAGACGAAAAGGAUAAGCUUCCAGAGAAGGUAGAACAAGCUGAGCAAGAUAUCCAGGAGGACGGCAUUAAACAGAAGACGAAAGAAGAUAUCACAGCAAUAUCAGGGGACUUGUUAUUGGCAACCGAAAAGGAAGCCGAAAAGGAAACCGAUCAAGUGCACGAAGAAACAUGCAGUGCCAACAAGGAGAACGAAGAAGAAGAAAAGGAAAAAGAAGACGCAAGAGUCGUGCAAGUAAUCAGCCCAACACCUUCACCGAGCAAAGCACCGAAAUCUCCGGAUCCAAAUUCCAUGCUGGAGUCUUACGAUUCGGAAAGGAUUGAGUCUCCUGCUCCGGUGGACACCUCCACGGAACGGCAGCUCCGAGAAGCGGUUUCAAAUCUAUCCCUGUCAAUGGUGUUGGAACCCGAGUCAACAGACGAUCAAUACGACGAUGCAGAGUUGGAGGAUGACCCGAAGGGUGUAGAUGUUGCGGACAAUGAUGACGAGGCAGCUGAUGACAACGAGGACAAAGGAAUUUUGAUUUGCGACGGCGGUGGCAAAGCCAAUGGGAACACUGAUGAUUUAGGCAAGUCGCCAAGGAAAUCAAAAUUAGCAGAUGAAAAUAUGGUAAAGUCCCCUCCAAGAAUUGCUUCGGUGAAUCUUGGUUCAGGGGGAGCAAAAGGGCAACUAGACAUAUUUGGCGCGGAUUGGGACGUAUUGGUACAACUCGCUGCUGCUGGGUUGAUCCCAAAUGGAAAAUUGAAAACACCAGUCGAAAAUGUGAACAAGGCUCAACCAGACGAGGACAUCUUUGCUCAAGCUGAUGAGCUAUUACCUGGACCCAUAGCGCCUCGAGUAUCGAAGCUCGAAUUAUUAGCUCCAAGCGUCACUGGGGCAUCUUCUGUCAUAACAGAUGAUCUUUCUGAAAUUGCCAGUGUGGUUCGUUCAAUAACUGUGGACAGUGCGUAUCAAGACGAUUACUCUCUCUCAAGUUUUGACGCCAUUGAGGCACAAGUUCCAAGUAAAUUUCAAUUGGCAGAGAAAGCCUGCGUUUACGACGGUCCAGAAACUUGUCGAAACUUUAAUGUCCUCCAAAACAUGGAUCUCUACUUUACCAGUUUUGUUUUCCGAGACACAACCACGGUGACCACCGAAACGAAGAGCACAAAUGAAGACGGAGAAAUUGCCAAUCAAGUGUAUCCAAGGAUCCAGCUAUGGCCGGAUGAUAGGAAAUCAUUGAAGGCAGAUGAUACAUCUGGACUGGGUGAUGUACCUCAGAACAAUCGUGAGCGAUGUGCUCGUGUUUGGGAAGAAGAUGUCAUUCCUUGUGGCAAAUCCUCUCUCCGGCGACUCGGACCGAAUCGAAAUGUACGACUGACUUUUCAUGGUGAUAAGGUUGUGAAGAAUAGUGCAUUUAGUUCCUAUGCAGAAAGUCGAAAGGUCUAUCUCUGCCUUUCCUCUGACGCACUGUAUGUGAUUGCUAGGAAAGAUGAGGUUACACUCAAGAAGAAGCGCAAGAAGUUUCCUCUACCGAUACGAGACAAUGCGAAAUUUGGUAACGCGCCAUGGCCCCAUGCUAUUGCCCGGCAUUCGUACCAUGAUUUACAAGCCAUUGUUAUUGGAUUCGACUUUCAGCGUUUGACGCUGCGGUUCUCUAGUCGUCGAAGGUCUGAUCCAUACGCAUACGUCCUGCUGACUUGCAACAAGCGACAAACAGUGAGGAUUCUUCAAGAAAUUCAGAAUCUGAAGAAAGAAUUGGAUGAGGGUGUAGAAGAAUUGACUUCCGAUACGACAGUAGUUGCAAUCGAAAAUGACUCUCAAGUGGUUUUUGACGCCUUGAGCGAAGCGGUAGCACCCAACGUCGUUGGGACGAUCAUUCAUUAUCAGAUUGUGCAACAACGAUGGAAACGUGGUGAUCGGGGCACAGUUCGUCGAGUUUGCAUUGUAUCAGAUGCCAAAUUGUUUUUGUUGAACGAAGAUUAUGUAUCCGAUGGACACAUAUCACUCUCCAAUGACGGAAAUCGAGUUGGAGAUGUCUCGUAUGAAGUGGUUGACGAGGCAACCUUGCCGCAAGUGGCAGAAAUUCGUCCUGCUGAUGCUGACCCCAGGUCCAUUACAAUUCUCAUCAACCCACUUAGUAGGCUAUCUAGGACGCAUAGGUGGCGAUUACUAUGCCGGGAUAGUGAAGGGGCUGAGAAGCUAGUUGCAGAUGUGAGACGAGCAAUCGACAUGCAAACUGAUCACGCUUUGUAA